UUAAUGUGUUUUUAUUUGGCAGAUCCUCAGUCCUGAUAUUAAGAUGAUGGGAUUGGGAAAUGGGCGUCACAGCAUGAAGUCUCCGCCCCUUAUCAUGGCUGCCCUGGUGGCCUGCGUCAUUGUGCUGGGCUUCAACUACUGGCUUGCAAGCUCCAGAAGCGUGGAACUCCAGACACGCAUCGUGGAGCUGGAAGGCCGGGUGCGCCGGGCCGCCGCAGAGAGAGGUGCUGUGGAGAUGAAGAAGAACGAGUUCCAGGGUGAACUGCAGAAGCAGCGGGAGCAGCUCGACAGGAUCCAGUCCAGCCACAGCUUCCAGAUGGAGAACGUCAACAGGCUGCACCAGGACGAGAAGGCGAUUUUAGUGAGUAACAUCACCACAGGCGAGAAGCUCAUCAGAGACCUGCAAGCCCAGCUGAAGGCUCUGCAGAGCAGUUAUGGCAGACUGCAGGAGGACAUCUUCCAGUCCCAGAGGAACCAGACUAGCCUGGAGAAGAGGUUCUCCUAUGACCUGAACCAGUGUAUCAACCAGAUGAAAGAGGUGAAGGAACAGUGUGAAGAACGGAUAGAAGAGGUCACCAGAAAGAGAAACGAGGCCAUCGUUUCCAGAGAUGCAGGUGACAAAAACAGCCAGCGUCAGCAGCCCCUCAAGCCUCAAGUCAAGCUUCAGGAUGUUGUCCUGGCAAAGGGUCAGCUGCCACAAGGGGAAAGGGUUGUGCCCAGGAACCAGUCCCAGACACCAGUCCCCAGUUCACAGGUGCGGGAUUUGAAACCACACGAGCAGAAUGAGGAAAGCAACAAGAUUCAGAUUGUCAGUGAGGAGCAUGGCCAGGGACCACCGAAGGCAUCAGUCCAAAACCAGGCCCCCGUGAAUGACACACCUGUAGGAGCUGGGAGACCUCCGCAGCUCGCACAAGGGCCAGCUGUCCUGUUGGCCAAGCCUGAGGAUUCUCAGUACCCCGAGCGGUACCAGCUUGUCGUCCAAGAUGAGCAGGAGAAGCCACGUGCUGCUGAGGAAGAGAGGAACCAGCAGCAGCUGAAAGACGACUAUGACACAGACGAAAACGAAGCCGAGUCUGAGAGAGACAAGCAGGCCGUCCUUGCGGGGAACGACGGCGAUAGAAACGGCUGUCAUCCAAGAAAUCCACUUUACGUCACUGUGUGUGGCAGAAUGAUGUCCCCAGCACGGAUAUAGUCCAUCUCUGCAGUCUCUUUCACACCAGUUUCACAACAGGAAAGUACUUGUGAACUGAGAAAUCAAAUUCAGGAGGAACCUAUGAAGAAAGCCAGAAAGCCAAUGAAUACAUCUGCGAGUGUUCAGGCAGUGGACAGUGCCUACUUUGCACAUCAUGUGUUUCAGAAAUGCGGCAGCAGAAAAGAGACUGGCCUAAGGGCAACAGUCAAAUGGAGAGAAAUGUGGAAGCUGCUUCUCUUUCAUGAAGGACAUGAGAAAAACAUCCGGGCUAUCUGUUUAAUCUUCGGAGAAAGUUAAAGGAAGAUGGAUGUUCCUUCGAGACAAGGCACCUAGAUCAGGCUGACAGCACAGCUUAACUAAGGGGUAGGGGGUGGGGUGGGAUUUGGAUCUUUCCUUCUGCAGCAUAGGUUCCAGUUAUUACACUAAGGUCAGCCUGGAUGGCAGGCACCUUAACACACCGAUCAUUUUGCCAGCCUCUAUUUCUAAGCUCUUGACACUCCGGCCCAUACUUUAACUGCCCGAAGUUAGCCAAUGAUUUAUAUGAGAGCCAGAGUAAAAAAGAGUAUAAGUUCUAAAUCUCAAAAUGUGUCAAAGAAAAAUGGUGAGCUUCUGAGCAGCUGAGCCCACCUCUUCUAGGAUGACUGACACAGUGACGUGACCUCUGCUCUAACAGCACAAGGGGACGUUGCGCUCACCUUUGACUCUUUUUUGUGCCCUCCUGCUAAAAGCUUCAUGACCACGAAGUUGGGCUUGGCAACCUUGAGGAUCCUACUGACCUGAAACAAGAGGAACGUCAGUAGCACGGCAGGGCAGGGCUGCAGGAGCCAGUGCUGUGCUGCAUGCACUCGCACACUGCACUUCUCUGAACACACCUCCCAUCUACCAGUCAUGAACCUCCAGUCACUGCACGUCCUGCAGAGACCACAGUUGUGUUCAGAACAUGCAGCAAUACCGCAGCUUCACCAUGGACCCCAAAGUCCUCUCAUCCGUGAGUUCCCCACUUUCAUCAAAUUGAAGGUGAAGAUUCUCACCCCCAUGAAAACUGCUGAGAACCGAGUUAACGGACAGUCUCCUGCUGCACAUCCAACUGUGGAUGCAGACACUGACCAGCACAGCCUAGCUCUGCACUUGGAGCACAUGGCUGUGUUUAAAGCUCAGAAACAAUCCCGACAAGGAGUGAGUGUUCUUGGAACACUAACUUAUUUCUGACAACUACUAGUCUACACAGUUUCACUGAAACACAUGAAUCGUAACAGUGAUGCUAGAUUCCUCCCAGGUAACCCACAAGUUCCCACUUCUGCAUUAUUGACCUCUGGAAGUACCAAAGGGCAGGAUGGGUUCUUCAAUCCCACAACAGAUAUCCACCCGCCUUGAGGAAGCAGCUUCAUUUUCACAUCUCCUGGAAAAGGUGCACACAGAAGUUCAGAGCUGUAAUCUCAGCACCUGAAGCUGAAUAAGAGGCCUGCCAGGGUCUGAGGUAAGCCCAGGUAGUUCCAGGCCUGAACUACAGGAUGAGACCUUGUCUCAAAAAAUAAAAAUAAAUCGAUAAUAAUAAUUUGACAUAUCCAAAACUACACUGGUCCACACCACAGCAAUAUUGCCACCGUGCAAACCAAUGAACUCAGUUGCCCAGGCCCUUUCAAGUCCUCCCUGAUUUUCCCAUAUCCCACGUCUAGCCCGUGAGUCAGCCCAGAAGACUGCAAACCUGGGGGAAGGCUGACCACACCCCCCUCACCUGGAUCACUGCUCCUGUGCUGUGACUGUCACCACUGUCAGCAGAGCAUCGGAGUGCUCCUCUACCACAGGCAGACCUGGCUGUCCUUUGCUCACUUCUCCCAACUCCACCCCAGGAUCCCGGACUGCUGUUCAAACACUUCAGGCGCAGUGUUCUGCAUCUGGGUCCCCUGUCUAGAAGGGUCCAUCCCUGACAUGUGACUUGCUUCCCCUUCUAAAAUUUACUAAAUUGAGUUAUUUAAAAUGCUUAAAGCAUCUCAGUGGUAGAAGUGUUUGUACCGAGUGCUCAAGACCCUGGGUUUAACACCAAGCAGUAGGGAAGCAGGGCUGCCUCUCUGCCCAUGAUGGCAGUGUUUCUUCAGCUCUCUGUACAGUGCACACCAUGACCCCUCCCUCACCAUCACAGCUGUUCUCUGCUGGGAAUAUAGAGAUACUUGACAAAUCUUUGAGUAAAACAAUGAAAUUCCCACUAAGUGAAAUGUCUUCCAUUACCAAACCUUCCUCAAAUUUUUGUAAUUACCAUUUUUAUUAGCUGGAGUAUAUACUUUUUUGUUUGUUUGUUUUUGAGAUAGGGUCUCAGUAUGUAGCUAUAGCUGGCCUUGAACUCAAGAGAGAUCCUUCUGCCUCUGGCAUCAUACCUAACUAAAAUACAAUUUUUACAUCUCCCUUCCUGCUUUCUUCUCCAAGGCAUUCAAUGUUUCUCAGAGGCUAACGCAGAACAGAAGUGACUUGCUUUCAUAAUACAGUUUCCUCUGCCAACUUUCAAUGAAAUGGUAGUGUGCCACUCACACUGUUAGAUCCUUGUUAGCUUAAUCUCCUUGACCCCGUGAGUGACUGGAUUGCAGUUAUAUUAUUUGCAAUUAAUUAAAACCUGCUAUGUGAUUACU